CCGAAAAGUAAUACACCCCUACAAAAGAAAAGUUGUCGCCCGUACAUAUUUACAAACUCUAUCUCCCUUAGCCAUGAGGAAAGCAACCAUCAUCCUCAUGGCGAUCGCCUUCGCUUCUAUCGCCGUUAUAGCAAGCUCAUUUCCCAUUGAAGAUCAACAUCUAAGGAGGAGCCGUUUCCUUGCGGGUCAUGGAGGAGGCAGCGGUAACGGAAAUGGAGGUGACAACGGUAACGGAAAUGGAAAUGGAGGGGACAACAGUAACGGGAAUGGACAUGGAAAUGGAAACGGUAACGGUAACGGGAACGGACAUGGAAAUGGAAAAGGUGACGGUAACGGAAAUGGCAAUGACAAUGGUAAGGGAAAUGGUAAUGGCAACGGAAACGGUAACGGAAAUGGAAAAGGUAACGGUAAGGGGAAGUGUCAAAGAUGCUAUGCUAAAGGAAUGGAGUGCUGUGGAGAUUCGUGCAUCGACAUCAACACCGAUGCCUUGAACUGUGGUGGAUGCGGCAAUAUGUGCAAGUUUACCGACUCAUGUUGUCAGGGUAAGUGUUUGGAUUUGAUGUUCAACCCUAGAAACUGUGGAAGUUGCGGUAAACGUUGCAUGGUGGGAACCAAGUGCUACUAUGGAAUGUGCAACUAUGCAUAGAGAAAUAUUAGUGGGAUUUAUCUAUUGAGUAUAAGAUUUAUUUGGAGUAUAGAAAUAAAGGCAUCUUAUGCUUGUCAUUGUUACAUACUUUUUCUUUUUGAGCCAAGAAUAUUGUUAACAUAUAUACUUGUAAUGGUUAUUUAUACUACCUAUCAAAAU